GCCACAUAUAAAAGGAGGAGGACAAUAUCAAAAUGGAAUUAAAAUUGGUGAAUGGACAGAUAUUGUUAGGGAUAAUCAAUUUUAAUAUCAUUAUAUCACUAAUUAUUUCAAUAACAAAGGAGAACUGUUAAAAACUGUUGACAUUAAUUAUUGUGAUUUAUCUUCUGAUGUUCUCAAAAUUUUAGAUGAAUACGAGCAACUAAAUUUUUCAUCUAAUUAAAAUUCAUCAAUUAAAGAUUUAGCAUCAAGAGCCUUUUUGUCACCUAAAAUUUGUUCUAAUGAUAGAGUAAGAUUGGGAUCAUAUUCAUCAAUUGGAAAAUCAAGCAGAAAGUUGGAGAAAUAUCUUUGAUAUUAUUAUUAUCUAUCUAAUAAUAAAAAAAUUAAUAUAAAUGCACUAUGUUAUUUGA